AUGGAGGGUCGUCAACAAGCCACGCUGGGUGUUUCGAUCACCCUUUUCUCCAUCGCCAGUCUAUUUGUCGCCCUUCGCUUCAUUUCGCGUAUAUUUGUGGUCAGAAAGAUUGGGUUACACGACUGGUUGAUGUUGGUCGCAUGGUUCAUCGAUUUUGGCUUUUCCUUCUCGCUAUUCUACGCCGUUCGGAAGGGUCUUGGCCUCCAUUCGAGUGACAUUAAGCCUGAAGAUGAACUCGCUUUUAAUACGGCUAAUUAUGCAUUUACGGUCCUCUAUAAUCCUGCGCUAAUGGCGGUCAAGACGUCGAUCCUCGUCUUCUUCCUGACCUUGACACGCAAUCAAAAAGUAUUCCGAUGUGCAAACUAUGUCACUCUAUUUGUAGUGAACGCAGCGGGCUUUGCUUUAACAUUGGUCAAUGUUUUUCAAUGUCGUCCUCUCAGCGCAGUAUUCCUUUCUGACAUCCCGGCCCAUGCGAGUUGCACCGAUAUUGUCACCCUGUACCUUUCCUCGUCCCCGGUGAAUAUUAUUACGGAUCUCGCGAUCCUGUUGCUUCCGAUGCCGCUUUUGACAACAAUGCGCCUACCUUACAAGCAAAAGAUUAUUUUGGUGGUCACUUUCUCCUUUGGUUUCUUUGUGGCCGUGGUCGAUGUGGUUCGAAUUGCCUUUCUCCAACAGGCUGCCAUUUCUCGUUCGCUGGAAGUCAAGUCAAUUCAUAUCCAAAACAUCGGGGGGGUUGAUUUCAGUUGGUACGCGUCGCUAUCUUUCAUGUGGUCUGUCGUCGAAGUCAACAUCUCGAUAAUCUGCGGUUGUGUCCCGAGUCUCAAACCUCUGGUCACUCGUCUUGUUCCGAAAUUGAUUAGAGACACUGGUGACGAGACAUCAACUGCUUCGCCUCAUGGACUCUCUGCAGGCCCAACAGGAGAAAGUCAGGUUGCAGUGCCACCCCCGGCUGCAGUCUCGGGUUCGCCAGAAUUUCAAUUGCCAUUGCCAUUUCCAUCGAAUAACAACGGGGAUAAGGGUCUACGGAACCAAGUUGGUGGUGUCUCCACUGGGCGACCUAGCUCCCGGGACUCGGAGCCUAUGGGUAUAAUGGAUUUCCUAGGUAUCCCAGAAACAGGGGCCCUCGAUACAGAGGGAGGCACCAACACGAGCGCAUCUUAUGCACCGGAUAUCACAUUCUUCGAUUUUGUCAACAUGAAGAAUCCGGAAAGUAUGCUAAAGCUGAACAACAGAGAGUCGAUUACGCCAAUUGCAUUGACCACACUACUAUUCUUCCUUUGGGGUUUCGCAUACGGCUUGCUUGAUAUUCUGAAUUCUCAAUUCGAGACUAUCGUCAAUUUAGGUCCUUGGCAUUCCUUGGGUCUUCAUGGCGCGUACUUCGGCGGAUACGUGGUUGGCCCUCUAUUGGUUGGCCGACCGGUCUUGAAAAUAUGGGGCUUCAAGUCCACGUUCAUCACUGGACUUUGCAUCUAUGCCUGUGGAACCCUCAUAUUUUGGCCUUCCGCUGUUCUGACGUCGACACCUGCGUUCAUUUUGUCAAACUUCAUUGUCGGGUUUGGGCUAGCAGUUUUGGAGACUGCGGCAAACCCGUUCAUUGCGCUAUGCGGACCACUCGAGAAUUCCGAGAUCAGACUCAACAUUUCGCAGGGUGUGCAAGCUAUUGGAAGCGUAUUAUCGCCGCUCCUAGCGAAACGUGUUCUCUUCAAGAAUGUUCAGGAUGUCGCAUCCUUGGUUGACGUACAAUGGGCAUAUCUUGGCAUUGCUCUGUUCGAUGUGCUGUUGGCAGUGGCGUUCUAUUAUCUACCAAUCCCCGAAGCGUCAGAUGAAGAUUUGGAAGAACUAGCAAAUCGACGCCGAGAAGACAAUAUGACCAAAGUCAUCGGUAUUCCGGUCGUUUGGCUGACCCUCGGCCUGGGAGUCUGGUCUCAAUUCUUCUACGUGGCUGGACAAGAAGUCGUUGCGACAGCUCUCCAACGUUUUGUUCUUGCCGCUCGUCCAGAUUCAUCACUCAAACCAUUCGAUUUCCUGACUAUUGGACACAGCAUUUUCGCCGUGGGCCGCUUCUUCGCCGCGUUUGCGCAAUGGUUCCUCAAACCACGAUGGAUUCUUAUGGUCAGCUACAUCGGCAUGAUCGUCUGCUCAAUUCUUUGCAUGAAAACAAGCGGCACGGGGGCAAUCGUCAUGGUAAUGCUAGUCUACCUAUUCGAGAGCGGUGCAUUCAGCAUUAUCUUUGCCAUUUCCCUCCGCGGCACAGCCCAGCAUACGAAAACAGCCGCAGUCUUCAUGACAGCGGCAAUUGGCGGCGGCACCUUUUUCCCGUUUGCCGAGUACGCGGCAUACCUCGCACACGGCGGGUCAUACUCCUUCUGCGUUAUAGUCGCGCUCUUCUGCGCCGGUGCCAUCUUCCCCAUCUACCUCAACCUCGUACCCGCCGUGAAAAAGCAAGUCGACCCGGUUCCGAACGAGUAUCUCCGCCGACAUCGCCGCCGACCUCGGACCUCGAUCGAGACCGUGCAUCGCGAAAAGAGCAAUCCUUCUCUUGGUGGUGUUCUUUCCCAUCCGCGCAGUCUGGCAUCGAAUCCAGAUCACCUACCGGAUCUUCUGCUUCCGGAGGAGAUGCACGAAAACUCGCUUGCUCGCGAUUUUUCAGGGGCUAAAUCUAGUUUUAGCUCUACCUCGCGUGCCAAGUCGAAUUCCUCUCGCAAUUCUGGUUCAAAGAAAAAGUUCUCUACCAGAAUUGAUGAUUUAUGA